AACUGACGAAAUUAACAAAAUAAAAUAAAAAUUGCAAAGCGAGAUCGAGGUGGCCUCUUUUUUUCCACUUCGCGGAAAUGCGGUGCAUGUAUAGUUAUUCGCAUACAUUUUGAAUUAUCUUCCCUUUUGGAUGCCCAUUUUGAAGAGUAAAAAUUGGUUACCCAUUUUGCUUUAGCCGUUUCGAAGGCGAUUGAUUGCUUAACAGAGUUAAGAAGCUACAUAUGCUUCUCCAUCACGCUGAACGCAACAACAGAAGGUUUUGCAUUCUUUUUUAUGUAGAUGACAAAAAUGGGAAUGUUCCAAAAGGGGAUCACCAUUUUGUGACGUCAAACGGAGGGGUUCGAAUUGGAAGGCUUCAUUUGCGCUAGCUCGUUUAGGUUGUUCCCUUGUGCGCUUUUUCGCUAGUUCGCUUGUUCGCUUCUUCACUUCUUCGCUUGUUCGCUUCUUUUUUUUUUUCUUUUUUGCAACCCCCGGGGGAUGCCGCUGAGGGGCCACUCCUAGACGCAGCCAACUACACUGAGAAACCCCUCAUCGUGCUCCCAUUUUUUUUGGAAACAAAAUGGAAAAGCAGCCAUGCGAUGAGAAGAGAAGAAACGACGAAGAAAUCAUAUCCAAACUGACGAUACUAAAGAUAUCCUCUUUGAUCAAAAAUGGGGACAUAUCAAAUUGCAGAGAGCUCAUUUUAAAAAACAGAAAUAUUGAAGAAUGUGAAGAAUUAUAUCAAAUGAAAAAUUUGCAAAAAAUUGACUUGAGUGAAAACAAAAUAAAAGAUCUGUCGAUGCUCGAAAUGAACUUAAAUUUACAACAAAUCAUUUUGCAAUACAAUUUAAUACACAGCAUAAAUUACCUAAGCAAUAUAAACAGAUUGGUGUACCUAAAUUUGUCUAACAAUAAAAUCAAAAUAAUGGAUGGCGUGUGCGAAUUGGCAAAUUUAAAAACCCUAAUAUUAGCAUAUAACGAAAUUGAGAAGGUUCCCAAUUUGGUAAAUCUUCAAAAUUUGGAGACACUCAUUUUAAAGAACAAUAAAAUUGAAACUUUCGCAAAACCGACCAGAGUGAUGCCACAAUUGAAGAAGAUUUCCCUUUCAUUUAACAAAUUGAGACAAUUCUGUUUUGGUGCCCAUUUUUCAAAUGUACAAGAGUUACGAUUAAACAGUAACAAAUUAACACAUGUCCAGAGGGAUGUCAUCUACAUGACCUCAUUAAAACAGUUUUAUAUACAAAACAAUUUCAUUUUGGAUGCAGAAAUUCUUAGCCAUCUAUGUGAAUUGAAUUAUUUAAAAAAUAUUGUCAUUUCGGAGAACCCUUUUUUUAAAAAAAUGAACACUGAAUUGUUAAAUAAUUUUAUUCAAAUGUGUAAGAAGAAUUUAGCGACCAUUAAUUCGGUGACAAUUCCGCCGAGUAAAAAAUUCGACAGCUUCUUCUUCGACCACACAGAUGAUAUAGCUGCUAAGCAGAAGCAGCAUCGUCGCAAUGGCCAUGAGUCCAAAGCGGGGGGAGGGCCUGCGCGAAUGCAUGCCAAAAGGGACGACGCGCACAUGGUGAGGAGCAACCUGCACAUCCGCAAAGGGGAUUGGAAAAAAAGGGAAAAAAGGGGAAAAAAUAACAAAAACAACAAAAAGAAUGAAAAGAAAAUAUCACAAUAAGGUCAAACUGACAUGCUGUGAUGGCAUUCAAAUGGCUCGUAAAAUUAGCGAGAUGCAGAAUUGACAAGUUGACCUAGCAUCAACGGUGGGGCAAAACAAAACUGCCCUUGCUCUUCUGCUCGUUUUUGCGCUGCAUAAUGUAGCAUACCCAUUUUAUGGCCAUUUUGAAGCUUUAUUUUUGCCCACAUUUUUUUUGUAAUUUUUUUAUAACAUUAAAAAGGGAGAAAAAGGCAUAUUCGCUGCUUUCUUUUUCCUGUUUUUCGCUUAAC